UCACUAGUACACACACACACCUCCCUACCAUGGUUACCAUGGAAACAGUCAAACGUUUCCCUCUACAGAGCCUUUUGAUUGACUUCCUGAUUCCUCUCUCUCUCUCUGACUCUGGUUCAUUCGUUUGUUGGAUUUGUUGGUGGUCUCCGGCUGACAGAGGGACAGACGACACUCGGGUCACUGUGGAUUCCUGAUGGCAGAUGAAGACUCACAGAGGGAACAGGCGUCCACUGUUCCCCCAGCAGGCAGCUCGGAUCCUGGGCAGAAGAGCAUGGACGACCCUGGUGGAGAGGAAGGGCAGGAGGAAGGAGCAGACGGAGUCUUCAUCAAACCCAGACCUCCUCAGCCGCUACGCCACAGAGAUAUGAUUGGCAGAGGACACCGGCGAAUCGGAGGUCAUCACCACAUCAGUUACGCAUCUCCGGCGGCGGCUGCUGCCUCCCCGACUGCUGGCGCCUCAGUGUGUCCCAUAAGGACGAUGCUGUCCAAUGAGGCGAAGAGGGAGAUGGCGAAGCAGGUGAGAGCCAUGAGGGAGGAGAGACGAGGGACGCUGGACGCCCGACACAAAUACCUGAUCAGCAUGCUGGCGUUCUCCACCAGCCUGGCGGACACGGAGGUGGAGGACGCCAUCAUCUUUGAUGACAAGUUCAGUCUCAUCAACGACUUCUUUGCAGCGAACGGAUCCAGGACGCUGAUUUUCUUCUAUCUGAAUGUGAAGCAGAACUUGUCCUCCUGUCCGUCCUUGUCCGCGGACAUGGCGGCCCCAGCUGUGGCUCACAGGAAACUCUUCAUCACUACAGGGAGCUCUGAGGAGCUGCCGGGGAAGUGUCUGUUCUUCCUGAGAAUCACCGACAAGGCCAUAACCACCGCCAACAUCCACCAGGAGGUGAACUUCGGCAAGUUGGACAGUCGGAACGGCAGCUUCCUGCACGACUUUGAAACUGUCUUCGCUCACGUCAUGUUACCAGCCCUCAGGUCAAAGCAGACGUGGGGCAGCGCGUCCGGCACGGAGGUCCAGUCCUUCCUGACGUCCGUGGAACAGUUCGUGGGUAAUCUGAGCUCGGCCAGGCUCCUCUUGGAGAGCAAGUUCCAGCUGGGGCGGGUCGACCUCCCCGAGGCCAUGGAGCAGCUGAGCAGCCCCGCGGACUACAUCGACGCAGCCAAUAACAGUGAGCUGGUGGAGCGUCUGGAGGGCGUGGUCUCAAUGUGGACCAAUCAGAUCAAGCGGGCGCUGAUGGCGAGCGAGCAGAUCAGAAAGGAGGCGGACGACGUGUUGCCGUCGGCGGAGCUGGAGCACUGGAAGAGACGCAUGGUCACGUUCAACAGUCUGAUGGAGGAGUUGAAGCGUCCUCAGGUGAAAAGGACUCUGGGAAUUCUGCAGUUUGCCAAGUCCCGGACGUUGCGAGCCUGGAAAGAGCUGGAUGGAGAAAUCACCGUCGUGGCUAACGAGGCCAAAGACAACGUGAAUUACCUGUACACCCUGGACAAGUUCCUCGGGCCGCUGGGGAAAUGCACUCCGGCAGGUUUGCUGGAGCACAUCCCCGGGCUGAUGAUCAGCAUCAAGAUGAUCUACACCAUCUCUCAGUACUACAACACCGCCGAGAGGAUGACCUCUCUGCUGCUCAAGGUCACCAACCAGAUGAUCAGCACCUGCAGGAGCUACCUGUUGCAGGGCGUGGCCCGCAUCUGGGACCACAGCAGGCCCGAGCUGCUGCAGCGUAUCUCCGAGUGCUGUCAUCUGAACGACCAGUACCAGAGGAGCUUCCAGUCCGUCAGAGACCAGCUGAAAGAAAACCCUGAAAACAGGCAGUUUGACUUCAGCGAAAACUACAUCUUUGGGAAGUUCGACGCUUUCUGCAGGCGUCUGGAGAAGAUCGCUGACAUGGCGUCGACGCUGGAGGAUCUGGCUGAUCUGCAACACAUGAAGGUGGAAGGUGUCGGCAGGAUUUACUCUCGCUACCAGACCCUCGUCUCCACAACCAAGUCCAAGACCUACGACAUCCUGGACCACCGCAAGCUUGAGUUUGACAAAGACUACGCAGACUUCCAGCUCCAGGUUCAGGCUUUGUUCCAGUCUCUUCAGUCUCUGCUGGACUCCUGGUUUCAAAAGUCUCUCACUACGGAGCGGAUGCUGGAGCUGCUGGCGGUGUUCGAGUCCGGUCCGGCGGCUCGUCUGGACCUGAAGCAGAACUACCUGCAGCUGCUGCAGCGCUACAGUCAAGAGCUGGAGCUGAUCAGGAAGACGUACGACAGUCAGAAAGACCGGCCGCACAUCGGUCGCCACCAGCCUCCGGUGGCAGGCAGGAUCCUGUGGUGUCGUCUCCUUUUCCGGAGGAUUGAAGCCCCCAUGUUGACUUUGAAGAAGAAGCUCGAUGACCUCAAGGGACCGGAGAUGACCAAAGUGAUCCGCAGCUACAACAAGAUGGCGGUGGUUUUGCUGCAGUACGAAGCUCAGCACCUGCGAGUGUGGAUUGAGGCUGCAGAGAGCGCACCGCACCUCCUGAACGUCACCCUGCUGGUCCGGCAUAAAAACCGCAAGGGGGUUUUCGUGAACCUGGACCCUUUGGUGCGGGACGUCCUGGAGGAGGGUCGCUGGAUGGCCAAACUGGGCGUGGCCGUGCCAAAAGCCAUCAUGAAGAUGGCCGCCAGUGAAGCGCAGCUCAAAGCGCUGAACAACCAGCUGCAGGAGCUGCUCCAGGACUACGACUCGGUGGUGGGCAAGAUCCCGACUCUUCUCCUGCCUCUGAUGCAGCCGUUCAUCCGCCGGGUGGAGGCGGCGCUCUCCCCCGGGCUCACCACGCUGUCCUGGACCGCCCUCAAUACUGACGGAUUUGUAGACAGUGUGUACGUGGCCCUGAAAGAACUGGAGCAGGUCUCCAAAGCUGCCACAGAUCUGCUGGAGUGUCGCAUCGGUCGGCUGCUGCAGGACAUGUCGUCCUGCCACCUGCAGGACCUGCCGGAAGACUCGCCCGUCUCGCCCCAGGACCUCCUGCUGCAGACGGAGGCGUCGGUCAAGGAAGCCGCUGCCACUCUGAGCUGGCAGAGUCAGCAGGUAGAGAAGUAUUUGUUUGAGCUGGUUGAGGAGGUGAAGAAGAAGAUGAAGCCCACAGAGACUGUUAACCUGGAGGGAUCGUUCCAGUGUCUCCAUCCAGACUCCAUCCAGAAGACUCGCUGUCAGUCUUGUCUCCCGUGUGAUUUCUACACCCUGAUGGGUCAACUCUGUAAUCUCAACACCGAAGCCCUGGUCAAAGCCACCAAGUCCUGCCUGGACGCCCUGAAGAGGAGACUCCACGUCCUCAAAUACCAGCCGUCCUCCUCCUCCUACUCCUCGUACUCCUGCAGCAGCCAGUCGGCGGCGCCUCCUCUCUUCAGAGCCUCCAUCCAGCUCGCCAUCCCCAACAUCGUGCUCAGACCCAGUCUGGACAACAUUCAGAACACAGUCAAUGAGCUGGUGGGCGACGUGUUGUCCGUGACCAAAGACGUCCCUCUGUGGAACUACUCCUACCUGCAGUACAAACAGCAGCAGGUGGAGCAGGCGGCGGGUCGCGACGCGGGCGACGACCUCCCGGUGAAGACGCGGGCGCUGAAGCCUCUGGACAAACAGCUGGUAGAGCACAAAGAUAUCGCCAAGUUGGUGAUCGACCUGAACUCCAUCGUGUCGUCUCUGAGGGACCAGGCUGCCGAGACGCUGGACGAACUCCCGCACUUCUCCAAUCUGUGGAACCAGGACCCGGAGGAGCAGGUGCAGACCUUCCUGCAGUCCAACCCGUCCGUGACAGAGUUCUGUGCUCAGAUCUCCUUCUACUCCAAGCUGGAGGUGCAGAUUUCGGAGCUGCCGGCGUUCUGCACGGUGGGUUCGGUCCUCCUCGACACCGACGAGCUGAAGCUGUCCCUCACUCAGGAGUGUAACGUCUGGAAACGCUCCUUCGGCGCUGCGCUCAACCGCCGGGCGACCGCCGACCUGGACAGCGUCUUCACGUUCAUGGACGGGAUGACGAAGCGCCUGCAUCGUCCAAUCGAAGACCUGGAGGACGUCCGAGACGCCAUGGCCGCGCUCAAAGAGGUCCGAGAGGCGGAGUUUCGCAUCGACUCCACCAUCGGUCUGGUGGAGGAAUCCUUCGCUCUGCUCAACAAGCACGAGCUGCUGUUCAACGACGGCAACGCCGAGCGCGUGGACGGACUGACGUACGCCUGGCACAACCUCAACGAGCUGGUGGUAGAGAACCAGAACACUCUGGUGGAGAUCCAGCCCAGCAUGAAGGCCGACCUGCUGUCUGAAGUGCAGAGCUUCCAGAGCGACGUUCACCACUUCUGCACAGAGUUCAACCACAGGGGUCCGGGCGUGGAGGGCGUGGCUCCGGCUGAGGCCAGUGAGCGGCUGCAGAGUUUCCAGGCGGAGUUCGAUCAGCUGUGGAGGAAAUACAUCACCUACUCAGGGGGGGAGGAGCUGUUCGGUCUCCGUGUCAAAGAGUAUCCGGAGCUGCAGCGGAUCAAGCGGGAACUCUCUCUGCUGUCCAAACUUUACGGUUUGUACAACGCAGUCAUCGACAGCGUCACCGGCUACAAUGAAAUCCUGUGGGCCGACCUCGACAUCGAAAAGAUCAACAACGAGCUGCAGGAGUUCCAGAACAGGAUCAGGAAGCUUCCGAAGGCGUUGAAGGAGUGGCGAGCCUUCGGAGAUCUGAAGAAAACCAUCGAUGACUUCACUGAGACCUGCCCUCUGCUCAACAUGAUGGCCAACAAGGCGAUGCUGCGCAGACACUGGACUCGUCUCAGUGACUUGACGGGCCACAGUUUCCAGGUGGAGUCCGAGAGUUUCGCCCUCAGGAACAUCAUGGAGGCGCCGCUGCUGAAGAACAAAGAGGACGUGGAGGACGUUUGCAUCAGCGCCGUGAAGGAGAAGGACAUCGAGGCCAAGCUGAAGGAGGUCGUGGUCGAGUGGAGCGCCCAGACGCUCACCUUCGCCACCUUCAGGACCAGAGGAGAACUGCUGCUGAGAGGAGCCGACACCGCGGAGAAAGUCUCCAUGAUGGAGGACAGCCUGAUGGUGCUGACGUCGCUGCUGAGCAACAGGUACAAUGUCCCGUUCAAACCGUCCAUCCAGCAGUGGGUCCUGCAACUGUCCAACACGUCUGAGAUCAUCGAGAAGUGGCUGUCGGUUCAAAACCUCUGGAUCUACCUGGAGGCGGUGUUCGUGGGCGGAGACAUCGCCAAGCAGCUGCCCAAGGAGGCCAAACGUUUCCAGAACAUCGACAAGUCGUGGCAGAGGAUCAUGCAGCGGGCGCACGAGAUUCCCAACGUGGUGCAGUGCUGCAUGGGAGACGAGACGCUCAGCCAGCUGCUGCCCGUCCUGCUGGAGCAGCUGGAGCUCUGUCAGAAAUCUCUGUCCGGUUACCUGGAGAAGAAGCGGCUGGUGUUUCCUCGCUUCUUCUUUGUGUCCGACCCCGCCCUGCUGGAGGUUCUGGGUCAGGCGUCCGACUCGCACACCAUUCAGGCUCAUCUGCUCAGUCUGUUUGACAACGUGAACUCAGUGGUUUUCAACGAGAAAGUCUACGACCAGAUCGUCUGUUUUCAGUCUCAGGAAGGAGAAACUGUGGAGCUGAGCCAGAGCAUCCUGGCACAGGGGAACGUGGAGGUGUGGCUCGGACUGCUGCUCGCCGGGGUGAUGCAGACCAUCCAUAACAUCAUCCGUCAGGCCUACCAGGCCAUCAGCGACCCGGACCUGAAGCUGCUGGAGUUCCAGGCGGCGUUUCCAGCUCAGAUCGGCCUGCUGGGAAUCCAAAUGAUCUGGACCAGGGAUGCAGAAGAAGCACUCAGCCUCAGCAAGUCUGACAAGAAGAUCAUGCAGACAACCAAUCAGAAGUUCCUGGACAUCCUCAACGAGCUGAUCGACAUGACGACGAGGGAGCUGACCAGGAAUGAGAGGACCCAGUACGAGACGCUCAUCACCAUCCACGUCCACCAGAGAGACAUCUUUGACGAGCUGGUGCGUCUGCACGUGCGAUCCACGUCGGACUUCGAGUGGAAGAAACAGUCACGGUUUUACUUUGUGGAGGACACGGACAAAUGUAUCAUCCAAAUCACAGAUGUGGAGUUCAGCUACUGCAACGAAUACCUGGGCUGCACAGACCGACUGGUCAUCACCCCGCUGACGGACAGGUGUUACAUCACUCUGUCCCAGGCCCUGGGGAUGAGUAUGGGCGGAGCUCCGGCUGGUCCGGCAGGAACAGGUAAGACGGAGACCACGAAGGACAUGGGUCGCUGUCUGGGGAAGUAUGUGGUGGUGUUCAACUGUUCGGACCAGAUGGACUACAGAGGACUGGGACGCAUUUACAAAGGUCUGGCUCAGUGCGGAGCCUGGGGCUGCUUUGAUGAAUUCAACCGCAUCGAGCUGCCGGUCCUGUCCGUCGCUGCCCAGCAGAUCUACAUCGUCCUGCAGUGCAAGAAGAACAAGAAGACACAGUUUGUCUUCACAGACGGGGACAUUGUUGACAUGGACCCUGAGUUUGGCAUCUUCCUCACCAUGAACCCUGGAUACGCCGGUCGCCAGGAGCUGCCCGAGAACCUGAAGAUUCAGUUCCGGACGGUAGCCAUGAUGGUCCCGGACCGAGCCAUCAUCAUGAGGGUCAAACUGGCCAGUGCAGGUUUUCGUGAGAACCAGGUUCUCAGCAGGAAGUUCUUCACCCUCUACAAACUGUGUGAGGAGCAGCUCUCCAAACAGGUCCAUUACGAUUUUGGCCUGAGGAAUAUUUUGUCGGUUCUGAGGACGCUGGGAUCCGUGAAGAGAUCCAACCCGACGGAAGCCGAGAAGACGGUGGUGAUGAGGGUCCUGAGAGACAUGAACCUCUCCAAACUGGUGGACGAGGACGAGCCGCUGUUCAUGAGUCUGAUCAAUGAUCUGUUUCCUGGUAUCGUUCUGGAUAAGGCGGGCUAUGCGGACUUGGAGGCGUCCAUCUUCGGUCAGGCCCAAAAGGCCGGUUUGAUUGCUCACCCACCCUGGAUCCUCAAACUGGUCCAGCUCUACGAGACGCAGAUGGUCCGACACGGUAUGAUGACGCUGGGUCCCAGCGGCGCGGGGAAGACGGCCUGCAUCCACACACUGAUGAAGGCCAUGACGGAGUGCGGCACCCCGCACCGAGAGAUGAGGAUGAAUCCCAAAGCCAUCACGGCCUCGCAGAUGUUCGGCGCGCUAGACGUCACCACCAACGACUGGACCGACGGCAUCUUCUCCACACUGUGGAGGAAGACGCUCAAGGGCAAGAAGGGGGAAUUCAUCUGGAUUGUGCUGGAUGGUCCAGUCGAUGCCAUCUGGAUCGAGAAUCUGAACUCGGUUCUGGACGACAACAAAACUCUUACGCUGGCCAACGGAGACCGAAUCCCCAUGGCUCCCUGCUGCAAGGUUGUCUUUGAGCCCCACAACAUCGACAACGCCUCCCCGGCUACGGUGUCCAGGAACGGGAUGGUGUUCAUGAGCUCGUCUGUGCUCGGCUGGAGCCCCAUCCUGCAGCCCUGGUUACAGACGCUACCGGACCAGCAGGCCGAAGCCCUGAGACACUGGUUCGACUCCAGCUACCAGGACCUGCUGGACUUCCUCUUCACCACCACGUCUCCGAAGAUGCAGGUGCUGGAGUGCAUGUACAUCAGACAGACUGUGGACCUGCUGAAGGGUUUGCUCCCGUCUGCAGAGGAGAAGCAGGGUUGCCCCGGAGAGGUGGGUCGACUGUUUGUGUUCGCGGUCAUGUGGUCUCUCGGUGCGCUGCUGGAGCUGGAAGACAGAGCCAAGAUGGAGGCCUUCCUGAAGAAACACAGAUCGUCUCUGGACCUGCCGCGCACUCAGGACGACGAGACCAUCUUCGAGUUCACCGUCAGUGAGCAGGGACAGUGGGAGCACUGGUCCAACAAGGUCCCAGAGUAUCUCUACCCCAAAGACGAGGUCCCUGACUACUCGUCCAUCCUGGUUCCCAACGUGGACAACGUGAGGAUGGACUUCCUGAUGCAGACCAUCGUGAAGCAGAAGAAAGCCGUGCUGCUGAUCGGAGAGCAGGGAACCGCCAAGACCGUCAUGAUCAAAGGCUACACCAAUAAGCUCGACCCGGAGUUCCACCUCAGUAAGACGCUCAACUUCUCGUCGGCCACGCUGCCCGGCAUGUUCCAGAGAACCAUCGAGAGCUACAUCGACAAGCGAAUGGGCGCCACCUACGGGCCGCCAGCUGGACGCAAGAUGACCGUCUUCAUAGACGACAUCAACAUGCCUAUCAUCAACGAAUGGGGAGACCAGAUAACCAAUGAGAUUGUGCGUCAGCUGAUGGAGCAGCGAGGUUUCUACAGUUUGGAUCGUCCAGGAGAGUUUAUCACCGUGGUCGACGUUCAGCUGGUGGCGGCCAUGAUCCACCCCGGCGGCGGUAGAAACGACAUCCCCGAGCGUCUGAAGAGGCAGUUCUCCAUCUUCAACUGCACCCUGCCCUCCAACUCCUCCAUCGAUAAGAUCUUUGGCACCUUGGCUCAGGGAUACUUCUGCCCAGAGAGAGACUUCGCCGACGAAAUCUGCAAACUCGCCGCCGCCUUCGUUCCCACCACCAGGCGGAUGUGGCAGGCCGUGAAGGCCAAGAUGUUACCGUCUCCUGCCAAGUUCCACUAUGUUUUCAACCUGAGGGAUCUCAGCAGAAUCUGGCAGGGGAUCCUGAUAGUGAAGGCUGAAGUGUGUCAGAGCCCGUCGCUCCUCUCCGCUCUCUUCCAUCAUGAAUGUGUCCGAGUGAUCGCCGACCGAUUCAUCGGCAGCAACGACCAACAGACCUUCGACAUCAUCAUGGAGAAGGCCACAGUGGAGGAUCAUGGGAGGGAGCUGAUUGAGCAUGCUCAGUGGGACAGCUGCUUCGUCGACUUCCUGCGUGAAGCUCCGGAGCCGACGGGGGAGGAGCCUGAAGACGCCGAUAUGGAUGCUCCGAAGGUAUACGAGCCGAUCCCGUCCUUGGACGUUCUGGCGGAGCGGCUGUCUGUCUUCCAGGAGCAGUAUAACGAGGCGGUGCGAGGCGGAGCAAUGGACCUGGUCUUCUUCAAGGACGCCAUGUUGCACCUGAUGCGCAUCUCCCGGAUCCUGCGGACGGCGCAGGGGAACGCCCUGCUGGUGGGCGUCGGGGGGUCGGGGAAGCAGAGUCUGACGAGGCUGGCGUCGUUCAUCGCCGGAUACGAAACCUUCCAGAUCAAGAUGACCAGGUCGUACAACUGCAGUAACCUGCUGGAAGAUCUGAAGUCCCUGUAUCGAAUCGCUGGUCAGCAGGGAAAAGGAGUCACGUUCCUCUUCACCGACAACGACAUAAAGGACGAAGCCUUCCUCGAGUACAUGAACAACGUCCUGGCGAGCGGUGAAGUCUCCAACCUGUUCGCUCGCGACGAGCUGGACGAGAUCACUCAGGAUCUGAUCCCUGUCAUGAAGCGGCAGCAGCCCCGCCGACCUCCGACCGCAGAAAACCUCUACGACUUCUUCCUGUCCCGGGUGCGGAGCAACCUCCACGUGGUCCUCUGCUUCUCGCCUGUCGGGGAGAAGUUUCGCACUCGCGCCAUGAAGUUCCCGGGCCUGAUCUCCGGCUGCACCGUGGACUGGUUCCAGCGCUGGCCCCGGGACGCCCUGAUCGCUGUGUCGCAUCACUUCCUGUCUCAGUACCAGGUCCUCCGCUGCACGGAGGACGUGAAGCAGAGCGUGGUGGUUACCAUGGGAACCUUCCAGGACUUCGUGGCAGAGAAAUGUACGGAGUACUUUGAGCGUUUCCGACGUCAAACGUUCGUGACGCCCAAAUCCUACCUGUCCUUCAUCGACAUCUACAAGAUCAUCUACGCCGAGAAGAUCGCCUACGUCGGGACGCUGGCUGAGCGCAUGAAGACAGGUCUGUGUAAACUGAUGGAGGCGGAGCAGUCGGUGUCCCAACUCUCCCAGGAGCUGGUGGUGAAGGAGCAAGAACUCGCCGUCGCCUCCGAGAAGGCGGAGGAAGUCCUGAAGGUGGUGAUGGCGAAGGCUACGGCAGCUGAAACGGUGAAGCAGCAGGUGCAGAAGGUGAAGGAUAAAGCUCAGCUCAUCGUCAACGUGAUCGAAGCCGAUAAAUUUGUGGCAGAGUCCAAACUGGAGGCUGCGAAACCAGCACUGAAGGCAGCUGAGGAUGCGCUGCAGACCAUCAAACCCGCCGACAUUGCCACCGUGCGGAAGCUGCAGAAGCCUCCUCAUCUCAUCAUGAGGAUCAUGGACUCCGUCGUGCUGCUGUUCCAGAGGAAGAUCGACACGGUUACCGCCGACCCCGAGCGACCGUGCCCGCGGCCCUCGUGGCCCGAGGCCAUGAAGCUGAUGCAGAACUCGAGCUUCCUCAGCAUGUUGCUCAACUUCAACAAGGACACCAUCACAGAGGAGAUGGUGGAGCUGCUCGGUCCCUACCUGGACAUGGAAGACUACAACAUGGACGCAGCCAAGAGGACCUGUGGCAACGUGGCUGGACUCUGCUCCUGGACUCUGGCCAUGAAGGACUUCUUCGGGAUCAACAAGGAAGUCCUGCCUCUGAAGGAUAACCUGGCCAAGCAGGAGGCUCAACUGCAGGAGGCUCAGAUGAAACUCGCCGAAGCUCAGGAGCAGCUGGACGCUAAACAGAAGGAGCUGGACGCCGUGCGGGCACUUUACGAUGCUGCCAUGAAGGAGAAGCAGGACCUGGAGGACGACGCCAUGGCCUGCCGCCGCAAGAUGUCCAACGCUACGGCUCUGAUUGACGGGCUGGGAGGAGAGAAGACGCGUUGGACAGACAGCGCCGCCGGGUUCCAGACGCAGAUCAAACACCUCGUAGGCGAUGUCCUUCUGGCCACGGGCUUCCUGUCCUACGCCGGCCCCUUUAACCAGGAGUACCGCAGCCUGCUGAUGGAGCUGUGGAAGAAGGAGAUGGAGGAGAAGCACAUCCCCUUCAGUCCGGACUUGAACGUGAUCGGUCUGCUGGUGGACAACGCCACAGUGAGCGAGUGGAACCUGCAGGGUUUACCCAGCGACGACCUGUCCAUCCAGAACGGCAUCGUGGUGACGAAGGCGUCACGCUACCCGCUGCUGAUAGACCCCCAGGGCCAGGGCAAGACCUGGAUCCAGAACAGAGAGAGAGAGCGGCAGCUGCAGAUGACGUCUCUCAACCAUAAAUAUUUCCGCACCCACCUGGAGGACAGUCUGUCUCUGGGGCGCCCCCUGCUGCUGGAGGAUGUAGGGGAGGAACUGGACCCGGUCCUGGACAACAUACUGGACAAAAACUACAUCAAGUCUGGCUCCACUUACAAAGUGAAGGUAGGAGAUAAGGAGGUGGAUGUGAUGAAGGGCUUCACGCUCUAUAUCACCACCAAGCUGGCCAACCCAGCGUACAGCCCCGAGGUCAGCGCCAGAACGUCCGUGGUCGACUUCACGGUCACGCAGCGAGGCCUGGAGGACCAGCUGCUGGGACGAGUCAUUCAGCUGGAGAAACAGGAGCUGGAGGCGGAGCGAGUGAAGCUCAUGGAGGAGGUGACGUCCAACAAGAGGAAGAUGCAGGAGCUGGAGGACAAUCUUCUGUACAGGCUGACCAGCACACAGGGAUCCCUGGUGGAGGACGAGUCUCUGAUCGAGGUGCUGGGGGUCACCAAGACCACCGCUCAGGAGGUGAGUGAGAAGCUGUCGGUGGCAGCGGAGACCGAGGUGAAGAUCAACCUGGCCAGGGAGGAGUACCGUCCGGUGGCCACAAGGGGGAGCAUCCUCUACUUCCUGAUCGUGGAGAUGUCGCUGGUGAACCUCAUGUACCAGACGUCGCUGAGCCAGUUCCUGGGGCUCUUCGACUCGUCCAUGCAGAACUCUACUAAGUCGCAGCUCACCUCCAAACGCAUCAGCAACAUCAUCAGCUUCCUCACCUUCCAGGUUUACUGUUACACAGCCAGAGGUCUGUACGAGGAGCACAAGCUGCUGUUCACGCUGCUGUUGGCCCUGAAGAUUGACCUGCAGGACCGAAACAUCUCGCACCCUGAGGUGCUCACCUUCCUCAAAGGCGGCGCCUCUCUUGAUCUGAACUCUGUAGAAGCGAAACCACGACGCUGGAUCCUGGAUCAAACCUGGCUCAAUCUGGUGCAGCUGUCCGACCUGCCUCCAUUCAACCAGAUCCUGACUCAGGUGAGCCAGAAUGAACGGUCCUGGAGGGCCUGGUUCGACAAUCUAGCGCCAGAGGACGCCACGCUGCCCGACGGUUACGGGGACAAGCUCGACACCUUCCGGAAGCUUCUGCUAAUCCGGAGCUGGUGUCCCGACCGAACCAUUGCUCAGGCGUGGCGCUACAUCUCAGAUUCACUGGGUCAACAGUACGCAGAAGGUUUGGUUCUGGACCUGGACGCCAUGUUGACAGAGAGCGACAGCAGAACGCCGAUGGUCUGUCUGCUGUCCAUGGGCUCCGACCCGACUGAGAACAUCGAGAGGCUGGCCAAGAACAAGGGGGUGCCGUGCCGGCCCAUCUCCAUGGGGCAGGGCCAGGAGAUACACGCUCGCAGGCUAUUGGCCACCAGCAUGGUGGACGGUGGCUGGCUCCUCCUCCAGAACUGCCACCUGGGACUGGAGUUCCUGGAUGAGCUGCUGGAGACGGUCACAGAUGCGGAGCAGGAGAACGUGCACGAGGGUUUCCGGGUGUGGCUGACGACUGACGUGCACCCCAAAUUCCCCAUCGCCUUCCUUCAGUCGUCCAUCAAGUUCACCAAUGAACCUCCUCUCGGUAUGAAAGCUGGUCUGAAGAGGACGUUCAGCGGUGUGACUCAGGAUCAGUUAGAGAUCAGUAACCGGCCCCAGUGGAAACCUCUGCUGUUCGCUAUCGCCUUCCUUCACACCACUGUUCAGGAGCGCCGCAAAUUCGGUCCUCUCGGCUGGAACAUCCCUUACGAGUUCAACCAGGCGGAUUUCACCUCCAGCAUCCAGUUCCUCCAGAACCACCUGGACGACCUGGACUUGAAGGCAGGAGUGAACUGGAGCUGCCUCCGCUACAUGCUGGGUGAGGUCCAGUAUGGCGGCCGGGUGACGGACGACCUGGACAAACAUCUCCUCAUCACCUUCACUCGUGUCUGGUUCGGCGAGAGCACGUUCGGCGACAGCUUCAACUUCUACAAGGGCUACACCAUCCCCGUCGAGCCCAAGACGGUGCAGGACGUCCUGCAUCACAUUGAGGCCCUGCCGCGGGUCGACACGCCUGAGGUGUUUGGGCUCCACGCCAAUGCUGACAUCACCUACCAGACCAACCUGUCCAAUGAGACGCUCAGCACCAUUAUCAACAUCCAGCCGAAGGACAGCGGGGGGGGGUCUGGGGAGACCAGGGAGUCCAGCGUGCAGAGGCUCGCCAGCGAGAUGCUGGACAAGCUGCCGCCGGACUACGUGGCGCACGAGGUCAAAGGUCAACUGCAGAAGAUGGGUCCAUUUCAGCCAAUGAACAUCUUCCUGCGACAGGAAGUGGACCGCAUGCAGCGGAUCAUCAGCAGCGUACGGAGCACGCUCACCGACCUGCAGCUGGCCAUCGAUGGCACCAUCAUCAUGUCGGAGGACCUGCGCGACGCUCUCGACUGCAUGUUCGACGCCCGCAUCCCUCGCCUGUGGCUGCGGAUCAGCUGGCCGUCGGCCACGCUGGGCUUCUGGUUCAGCGAGCUGCUGGAGAGGAACCAGCAGAUCAGCGGCUGGAUCAGUGUCGGACGUCCCAACCUGUUCUGGCUCACCGGCUUCUUCAACCCGCAGGGUUUCUUGACCGCCAUGCGUCAGGAGACGACCCGUGCCAACAUCUCCAGGGGCUGGGCCUUGGAUACGGUCAUCCUUAGCAACACCGUUACCAAGAUGAUGAGGGAGGACGUGUCGGCCCCGCCCCCGGGGGAUGUGGGCGGGGUCUACAUCUACGGCCUCUUCCUGGACGGGGCGGGGUGGGACCGACGUGGAGUCAAACUCUCUGAGGCCCCGUCCAAGGUCCUCUUCACUCCGCUCCCCGUGGUCCACGUCUUCGCCAUCAGCGCAGCCAACGCGGCCGAGGGUAAGCGUCAGCCCGGCGGCGGGGCGGUCAGCCUGUACUCGUGUCCCGUCUACAAGAAACCGCGUCGGACCGACCAGUACUUCAUCUUCUCUCUGCUGCUCAGGAGCUCGCAGGCGGCGGAGCACUGGACGCUGCGAGGCACCGCGCUGCUCUGCGACUGCAAGUGAUCGUCCGUUUCCUCUGGUGGUUAGUAACCAUGACAAUCUGAUGGGCUGUCGACUUGGUGAAGGAGUUUUUUUUGCUGAUAAUAAAGAAUCAAACUUCAGUUUUUUCAUCAAAACUAA